AUGGGCAAGAGAAAGGGCAUGUCUGCUAGCGUUAAGCGCCAGAAAGACAAGAUUCGAAAGAGGGAGAAGAGACAGCAGCAGCUCCUUCCCUCCGCAGACGUUCCACAAGAUGGUGUACUGCUUGAAUCUGCUGUCCCCUGCGGGGCAGUAGAUGGAGCUAUUUCAGCUCCCCCUGGUAAUUUUCCAGGGCAAGGUUCUAUAGGGUUUCCGCCUAUUGAGGAAAAACCCUUGGCCAGAAUGCAGGCCUCUCUUCGCGAGAAAAUGCAUUCAAAUGCCCUGAGUAUCGCAUCCUCUCAGGGAAGUCGUCUGUGUGCCCGAAACGGAGGCAUGGCACCGUCCCCUGACUCCCCACCGUGGGUUUGUACCUCGCCGAGGGUACCUGAGCCGGACACCGUGCACGUGUCUGGCUCAGCAGGUCAGGCGCAGCUGGAUAUGUCAUCCUCUCAGGGGGAUGAGUCCAGCAGGAUACAAAAUGAUGCAAUGGCUUUUGAAACGGAUUUUGAAACGGAUUUUAAAACGGAUUUUAAAACGGAUAUUGAAACGGAUAUUGAACUGAAAUUUGAAACAAAUAUGAGAAUGAAUACUGAUACAAAUAUGAGAAUGGAUACUGAUACAAAUAUGAGAAUGGAUACUGAUACAAAUAUGAGAAUGGAUACUGAUACAAAUAUGAGAAUGGAUACUGAUACAAAUAUGAAAAUGAAUACUGAUACAAAUAUGAAAAUGAAUACUGAAAGCAAUGUCAUAAAUAUUGAAGAAGAAAAUGAGUGCAUAAAUGUUGACUGUAUUGAAAAUGAGUCGGGAUACAGAUCUGAAAGACAAAACACUGGUAGAUUGACUGAUGCUGAAGUUCCAAGUGCAAGUGAAAGCAGACAACAAGCAAACAUCAAGAAAUCUAUCCAAGGUUCUUUUCAUCAAGGUAACUUAAUGUUUGGUGAGAAUGCGGGUACACAGUGUGUAGCAAACUCCUUAGUAGCUUUAGCUUACCAUAGGUUGAAGAAUUCUAAACACUGGCAAGCUACAGAUAUGGACAAUGUGUUGGUAAUGGGGGAUGAGUUGUACACCUACUUGCAGCGUAGUUCUGGUAUAAAUAGCAGAUACCUUUUGGUUAAUGAGUUACCACAGUUUUUUGAAUGCUUUAAUACAGUGUACGAGUUGAAAGCAGAUGAAUCAUUAUGCAGUUUGAUAAAUUUAUCAGAUACUGAACCAAACUAUGAUGACUUUCAUGCAUAUUUCCUUUUAGAUGCUUUGCGUAUUGCCCUUUCUGAAACUGAUGGAUGUUUUGUGUGUUUUAGGGGAAAUACUUUUUUGAUUGGGAAAACAAAUGAUCAAUUUUUCACAUUUGAUUCUCACUCCAGGACUGCUGAAGGAUAUAUGAGUGUAAAUGGAUGCAGUACAAGGGUACUUCAUGAAUCAAUUGAAGAUGUUUACAACCAUGUUCUUUCAUUAGCACUGUCAAUGGGAUAUUCUGAAAUGAUUGACUGUGAAAUAACAGGUGUGAAUUGUUCAAUUAGCAAAAUUGAGGCAGAUAAGAAAAAAAAUGAUAGGUGUUCUAGUUCAAAACUUCAAUUAGUCUCUGAUGGUGAUGAUGAUGAUGAUGUUGAAGUUGUUUCAACAGAAAGUCACAAAAUUAGCUUUAGACCACUCUCUGCUGCUAAGAAAAUUGAGCUUUGUCAAACUUUAGGGAUAUCAUUCUCAAAUUAUGAAGAAGUGAGUGAACCAACUGUCUUUAUCCCGGAAGCAGAAGGACCUGAUGAUUGUAGUGGGCAGAAAGUUAAAGGUUUUUGUCGCAUUGAUAAGAAAUUGAAAGCCGCAAAACUAAAGUACUGGACAGAUCGAGCAUUUAGAUUAAAAGCAAUAUCACAGAGCAAAGAAAGAUACAGAAGUAAUGAAGCUUACAAUGCAAAGUCGAAAAAAAGAAGUGUGGAAAAAGAAACUGAAAAACAAAAAAGUACAGAAAAAUACAAGAAAGACCAAAUACACAGAGCAGAUGUCAAAAAAAGAAGUACAGACAAGUACAAUAAAGAUGAAGAACAUCGAACAGAUGUUAAAAGAAGAAGUACAGACAAGUACAAGAAAGAUGAAGAACAUCGAGCAGAUGUUAAAAGAAGAAGUACAGACAAGUACAAGAAAGAUGAAGAACAUCGAGCAGAUGUUAAAAGAAGAAGUACAGACAAGUACAAGAAAGAUGAAGAACAUCGAGCAGAUGUUAAAAGAAGAAGUACAGACAAGUACAAGAAAGAUGAAGAUCACAGGUAUAUGCUAAAGGCAGCUAGUAAGAUAAAAUACCACUUUAGUGCUGAUGGAAAGAAACGCAAGAAGGAAAAUGUGCUUAAACAGAGACAAGCAAUCAAAGUGAAGCUAGAAGACGAAGAUGAAGUUGUCAAAUUAUUUAAGGACAAUGUAAGGAAUGGGCCAGAAUACACUUGUUGCUGUUGUCAUCGUUUAUUGUUUGAAAAUCAAGUUCAAGGAUGUGCAUUUGAAAUGUAUGAGAAAAAACAGAAAGCAAUGGAAAUUGCAAAGAUAUGCAUAAAUAACAGAUAUGUUCAUGAGUGCACAAUGUCUUGUUCGACGAACUGCAAAAAAUCAUCAUUAUGGAUCUGUUUUACAUGUCAUAGGAAAAUACUUAGUGGAAAAAUUCCUGGAGAAGCAGCUGCAAAUAAAAUGACUCUUGAAGAUAUUCCACAUCAACUAAGUAAUUUAAACAGUUUAGAACAGCAUCUCAUUGCUUUACAUAUUCCCUUUAUGAAAGUGAUGUCUCUUCCACAAGGUGGUCAAAGAAAUGUACAUGGGCCUGUUGUAUGUGUACCUUCAAACAUGAGAAAAGCAACAAGCUUGCCACGAAAUGAAAAUGAAAAUAUGUUGCUACGAGUGAAGCUCAAACGGAAGUUAUCUUAUAAGGGUUACUUUGAAUAUCAGUUUGUGAAUCCAGAGCAUAUACAAACAGCAAUGGACUACUUGAAGAAAAACAACAGAUGGUAUCGAGAUGUUGUGAUCAAUUCCACAUGGAAACAAAACUGUGAGGAAGGUGAUUUGAUUUUGAAUGGUUCUAAUGAGAGUGAAGAAGAGGAAUUAAGAUUAGAACAGACAGAAAUUCAAGAGGUGGUUUCAGACACAUGCUUACAACCUGUGGAUAUUGCACAAGAGGUCCUUGAUCACUACUUUGAUGAUGUUUACAACAUAGCUCCUGGGGAGGGACAAAAUCCUGUGCGUAUGUUGCAAGAAGAAGGGAAUGAAGCAAAGACAUUUCCACAUUUAUUUCCCAGCGGAAAUUUUUCUUGGAAUCAAAAUAGAGAGGAAAAGAUAACCCUUGCCAGAUAUUUUAACAACAGACUUAUGAACACUGAUAAUAGAUUUGCAAAAGACACAAAUUACAUCUUCUUCUCCCAGUACAUGUCUGAAUUAAACCAAGUGAUUGAGAAAACACAAAUUUCAAUCCGCAAGUCGGUAUCACAACUUAACGGUGGAAAAGCUGUAACAUCAGAUAUGUUGCAAGACCCAGAAGUACUCUCUAAUCUGCUGAAGAACAAUGAGGCUCUAAGGUUUAUGCAACCAAUUCGAGGAACACCUGCAUACUGGUCAGCAACACAGAAAGACUUAUUUGCUAUGCUUCGACAACUUGGUAUUCCUACAUGGUUCUGCUCUUUUUCUGCAGCUGAAUUCAGGUGGAAUGAUAUUGUGGGAUCAAUAUUACGUCAUGAAAAUGAUACAACAGACCCUUCCAAUUUAGACUGGGCAGAAAAAAGUGAAAUUUUGAGAAAAAAUCCUGUGACCGUAGCCAGAAUGUUUGAAAAUAGAUUCCAUAUUUUCCAGAGGGAUGUAAUAUUGUCACCAUCAAACCCAAUAGGAAAUGUCAUUGAUUAUUUUAUAAGAGUUGAAUUUCAGCAAAGAGGUUCCCCACAUAUGCAUUGCUUGUACUGGGUUGAAAAUGCACCAAAAUUCAACGUAGAUAGCGAUGAGACAGUUUGUGAUUUUAUUGAUAGGUAUGUCACAUGUGCUUUGCCUACUGAUAAUGAGAACCAGGAACUUAGACAGAUUGUCUUAGCAGUACAACAACAUAGCAAGAGUCACUCAAAGUCAUGCAGAAAAAAAGGAACAGAGUGCAGAUUCAAUUUUCCAAGACCACCAUCGGAGAAAACCUUUAUAACAAAGCAAUGUGAGGAGGAGGAUGACAUUUCUGAUGAUGAUAGAAUAAUGAAGAAAUCUCAGGCAAAGGAUAUUUUGAUGAGUGUUUGGAAUGAAGUAUUGGAUGAUGUGAAUGCACUCAAGACAACUGAAGAAAUAUUUAGCAACAUCCACCUUACACAAGAUGUAUAUGAGAUAGCACACAAGUUGUUGUCGACAAGAACAAGUACCAUAUUAAGACGAAACCCUAAUGAAAUGUGGACAAAUCAGUACAAUCCAUGCCUUCUUAGAUGUUGGGAUGCAAACAUGGACAUACAAUAUGUUCUAGACCCCUUUAGCUGCAUUGUGUACAUCAUAUCAUAUAUAUCAAAAGCAGAAAGAGAAAUGGGAAUGCUUUUAAAGCAAACACAAGUAGAAGCAAUAGAAGGCAACUUAAGUGCCCGUCAAACAAUGAGAACAAUAGGAUCAGCAUAUCUUAAUCAAAGGGAGGUCAGUGCCCAAGAAGCAGUUUACAGAGUCUGUAAUCUGAGAAUGAAGGAGAGUUCAAGGAAAGUGGUUUUUGUUCCUGUUGGUGAAAAUCCCACUCGAUUAAGUAAACCUCUUUCUCAAAUGCAAAACAAAAAGAGAAAUGAUUGUAAUGAUGAAAACUUGGAAUGUGAUGAUGAUGAAGAAGACAUAUGGAUGACAAAUAUUGUAGAGAGGUAUGAAAAUCGCCCUGACCUACAUUUAUUUGAUAAAAUGUGUCUUGCAGAAUUUUGUUCCUAUUACAGAGUGCUUGCUAAAUCUCAGAUUCCUAAAGGGGAAAAUGAAAAUGUCUAUGAAUUGAAGAAUGGAAAAGGGUACAUUCAAAAAAGAACAAGAGGAAAACCAGCUGUUAUCAGAUAUCCUAGAUUCAAUCCAGAAAACACACCAGAAAAGUAUUAUCAAUCGGUAUUGCAGCUUUUUCUUCCAUAUGACACACAAGAUCAACUGAAACCACCUGGAUUUGAACUUUACCAAACAUUUUUUGAAACUGGAUUUGUGAGGCUGAAAUCCGAGAUUUGUUUACAACCAGUUAAAACUUUGGUGGAAGGUAAUCAGUCCAAAUUCUCAAAAAAUGAAGAAGCUUUUGAUAAUGCCCAAGAGGUUUUUGAACUUUAUGGUGAACCUGAGGAUGCUUGGGCAAAACUUUGUCCGGAAACAGAAAUGAACAGAAAGGAGUGUUUAGAUGAAAAAAAGAUGACUGAGAAAUUAGAAGAUAAAAAACCAGAAGUCACUCAUGAUAUUGAAAACAAUUUUUCAGACUUGUUGUAUCACAUCACAGAGAAUUGCAAUUCAAGGCAAGAAAUGCUUCCGCUAUUGAGAAGAUUAAAUGAAAAACAAAAGGAGGUCUUUUACAUAAUUCGUGACUGGUGUUUGAAGAAAGUAACUGGAGAGAAUAUGGAACCAUUGCAUAUCUUUGUGACAGGGGGUGCAGGAACAGGAAAAAGCCAUUUGAUCAAUGUUAUACAUUAUGAAGCUUCUCGUAUUCUUGAAAAAUUACUUUCAUCUCCAAAUGAUAUAUCUGUUCUUCUCACAUCUUUUACUGGCACCGCUGCAUUUAAUAUACGGGGCAAUACACUUCACCAUGCUUUUUCUUUGCCAAUAGCUCUACGAAUUCCAUAUGAACCCCUGAAUGAGCAAAACUUGAGUGCAAUAAGAUCCAAGUUGGAAAAAUUGCAGAUCUUGAUCAUUGAUGAAAUAUCUAUGGUUCACAAGAGGCUUUUGUAUUAUAUUCAUGAGCGUCUUGUUCAAAUUAAGAAGUGCAAAGAGCCAUUUGGUGGUGUAUCUAUCUUAGCAGUUGGAGAUUUCUACCAACUUCCUCCAGUAAAGCAACGAAAAGCAGAGAGAUUAUAUAAUGAAAAUGAAGAAUACCCAGUAGACUAUUGGUUAGACUUUUUCAAACUGGUAGAGUUGGAUGAAAUAAUGAGACAACGAGAAGAUGCAAACUUUGCUUCAAUUUUGAAUUCUUUACGAAUUCGAACAAUAGAAGAACCACUGUCAGAAAAGGCUAAACUGAUGCUUUCAGAAUGUGUAAAAGAUGGGCCAGAUGAUGUUCUGCAUGUAUAUCCCACAAAUGAAGAAGCAAAUGAACAUAACCUCAAAAUUUUGAAGGAAAAGUGUGGAGAUUUAAUUGAAGUAAACGCUGAAGAUUAUCAAAAAGAUAAAACGACUGGUAAGCUCACUUUACGUGAAAAACCUUUCAUUAGGACAAGAACAGAUGGCUUAUCCUCUUCCCUGCUGAUUUCUGUGAAUGCUAGGGUGAUGCUUACAAGAAACAUAAAUGUGGAUGAUGGACUUGUUAAUGGUGCAAUGGGACACAUUUCUUCUAUUGAGUUUGGAAAAGGUGAGCAGAGAAAUAGAGUGGAAGGAAUUGGAGUGAUAUUUGAUAGCAAAGAUACUGGAAGGAAGGAAGGAAAGUUGACCCCUCAAGGACAUCUAGUCUAUAUUCAAAGAGUACAAGAAGACAUCAGAGAAAAAAACAAGAAAAAUGUUGUUAGACGCCAAUUUCCUUUAAAAUUAUCAUGGGCUUGUACAGCACAUAAAGUUCAAGGAAUGACAACUAACAGUGUUGUAGUUAAUUUAGAUAGAACAUUUGCUCCAGGACAGGCAUAUGUAGCUAUUAGUAGAGUCACUUCUCAGAAUGGCUUAUUCAUUGAAACAAGUAAUGAAAAUGCAUUACAGAAGAAAAUUUACGCUGAUCAAGAUGUGAAAUCUGCCCUGAUUAAAAUGCAGAAAUUAAUAUCAAACCAAAAUGAUGGAAAUAUGAUCAACUCUGACAAUCGCAAAACAAUCAUUUUAUUCAAUGUGCAGAGUUUACGAGGUCAUUUUCAAGACCUUCAAUGUGACAGCAGAUUUCAGAAUACAAACUUUAUAUGUUUGACAGAGACAUGGUUGAAAGAAAGUGACAAUGUGAAAGAUUUUGAACUUCAAAACUUUGAAUUUUGCCAUGUUUCAAGGGAACAAUCUUAUGAUGAAUGUGAAGACAAUUUUGUCAAGCUUUGCAAAGCCAAGGGAGGUGGUGUUGGAAUGUACAAGAAGAAAAAUGAGAAAACUUUGAUUCACGAGUUACCACAAAAAAAUGUAGAAGGAAUGGCAGUAGAACUGUGUGAGGAAAACACUAUACUUAUAGUUAUUUAUCGACCAAGUCAACUAAGUGUAAGAGUUUUUCUCGAUAGCCUCCAAAAAGUUUUAGAUUAUUUCAAAGAACAGUUUUCCAAAUGUAUUAUAAUGGGUGACUUUAAUGAAGAUGCAAAAUGCAAAGGACCUAUACAAGAAUUGAUAGAGUCUAAAGGAUUUCAGCAGAAAGUUAAUUUUUCUACUACAGAGGGUGGUACAAUUUUGGAUCAUGUUUAUGUUCCAGAACUCGUACAAGCUGAU